GCCAUGUGCUGUGCCUCCGCCUCCCCUGCCGACAUACCCGUCAUUCACGCCGCUGGGCCUCGCUUUCCCGCCCGGGUUCAGUAUAGGCACAGGCAAGCCCACAAUGGGGGGGAACCACCUGCUGUUGCCUCCAGGCUCACAGGCUCGCGUCUCACUCCCCGGGGGUCUCACCAUGCACUCCAUACCUGGCAGACAGGUGUGUAUCGACACCGGUCUCCCCGCCUUCUUCCACAUGCACCCGUCAGCCCAUGCCCCCAACCCUUCCAGUCCCCAGCCUGCGCACAGCCCGCACUCCAGCCACACCCACAAGCUCCACACAUUCCCUCCCUCCCAGUCCUCAUCUGCACCUCAUGCUGUCAACAUGCUGCCUGCUGCCACCGAGCCACUUUAUACGCCAAACAAGAGGUGGUAGAACACCCCCACGCCCCCUUCCUCCUCCUCCAAAAAAAAAAAGAGCCCCUUCUAAUAAUGCAGUCCUGAGAAGAUGUGAGGGAGGAAGUGCUGGCAUCUUGUUCAUCUGUCACAUUGGAGCAAACUUUUUGGGAGGAAAAGGACCCAUGUGGGAGGAGGCCCUGUGGAGCCGCGGACGCUACCUGCUGGAGAAGAGCGAUGGCGGCGAGAGCGGCGAGGGUCCCGACAGCCUGGGAGCAGAGGGCUUCCAAGGCGAGGCGGCCACGGAGGCGGAGAAGCCCCAGGACUGGCUCUACGAGUCCUACAACCGCAUGAGCCAGCAGCAUCCGCUCGUCGUCUUCCUGCUGCUCAUCGUCAUGGGAACCUGCCUGGCGCUGCUGGUGGUCUUCUUCGCCUCGGGACUGAAGACACAGGACCACCUGACCUUCCUCAUCACCGUGCCCACUGCUCUCUUCCUCUUCCUCUCCAUCUUCAUCCUGGUGUGCAUCGAGUCCGUCUUCAAGCGGAUGCUCCGCCUCUUUUCUCUCCUAAUAUGGGCGUGUCUGCUCACCAUGGGUUACCUGUUCAUGUUCUCGGGAGGGAUCCUCAGCCCCUGGGACCAGGUGUCCUUCUUCCUCUUCAUCGUGUUGGUGGUCUACACCAUGCUGCCCUUCUCCAUGAGAGGCGCCAUCAUGGCCAGCGUCCUCACCUGCCUGUCACACACGCUCACCCUCAGCGUCUGCUUGGCCUCCGCCGCCGCUGACUUGGAGCCUCUGGUCUGGCAGAUCCUGGCCAAUGUCAUCAUCUUCACCUGCGGGAACCUGGCGGGGGCGUACCACAAACACCUGAUGGACCUGGCCCUCAGGCAGACCUACCAGGAUACCUGCAACUGCAUCAAGUCCCCCAUUAAACUGGAGUUUGAGAAGCACCAACAGGAGCGUCUGCUCUUGUCCUUGUUACCUUCUCACAUCGCCCGAGUCAUGAAAGCCGAGAUCAUCCAACGUCUUCAGGGACCAAACUUCGGUCGAACCGAGAGCACCAACAACUUCCACAACCUCUACGUGCAGCGACACACUAACGUCAGCAUUCUGUACGCUGACAUCGUGGGCUUCACCAGGCUGGCCACUGACUGUGCGCCCGGGGAGCUGGUGCACAUGCUCAAUGAACUCUUUGGCAAGUUUGACCAGAUAGCAAAGGAAAACGAGUGCAUGCGAAUUAAGAUCCUGGGAGAUUGUUACUAUUGUGUGUCGGGCCUUCCGGAAUCACUGCCUCACCACGCCAGGAACUGUGUGAAGAUGGGCCUGGACAUGUGUGAGGCCAUCAAGAAGGUCCGAGACGCCACAGGCGUUGACAUCAACAUGCGCGUGGGCGUCCACUCUGGGAACGUCCUGUGCGGCGUGAUCGGCCUGCGCAAGUGGCAGUAUGACGUGUGGUCACAUGACGUGACACUGGCCAAUCACAUGGAGGCGGGAGGUGUGCCAGGGAGAGUCCACAUCUCAUCGGUCACUCUGGAGCACUUGAAGGGCUCCUAUGAGGUGCAGCCUGGAGACGGACAGAGUCGCGAUUCCUACCUGAAGGAACAUGGAGUGGUGACCUACCUGGUCAUCAACCCCAAGACUGAGAAGCACAGCCCCCUGCUGGGCUUGCGCUCUCGCCCGUCUCUGGAUGGCGGCAAGAUGAGGGCGUCUGUGAGGAUGACCCGCUACCUGGAGUCCUGGGGGGCGGCCAAGCCCUUCGCCAACCUGCACCACCGUGACAGCAUGAGCACGGACAACGGCAAGAUCAACACCACCGAUGUUCCCAUGGGGCAGUACCACUUCCAGAGACGGGAGAGGUCCAAGUCUCAGCGGAGAAGAUUCGAAGAGGAACUCAAUGAGCGGAUGAUUCGCACCAUUGAUGGAAUCAACUCGCAGAAACAGUGGCUGAAGUCCGAGGACAUCCAGAGGAUCUCCUUGUUCUUUCACAACAAAGCUCUGGAGACCGAGUACAGAUCCACCACCUUGCCUGCCUUCAAGUACUACAUCACCUGCGCCUGCCUCAUCUUCUCCUGCAUAUUCAUCGUGCAGGUCCUCGUCUUGCCCAAAAGUGCAGUGCUGGGGAUCUCCUUUGGUGUGGCCUUCCUGCUGCUGGCUCUCAUCCUGCUGCUGUGCUUUGCUGCUCACCUCCUGCAAGGAAGGAAGGGAUCUGUGUGCUCCUUCCUGUGGUCGAGCACUUCCUCCCGCGUCAUCGUCACCGACAACCCCUGGCUGCGACUGGUCCUCACCGUGACGACCACCACGCUCAUCCUGGUGAUGGCCGUCUUCAACAUGUUCUUCGUGGAGGAUCCUGCAGCAUCCAUACAGGAAGUCUUGGCGUCAGACUUACCUGAACUUAGCGGAAGUGUUGCACCUGUGAAUACCACCAAUGACACCACGCUGCACUUCCAUGUGGAGACGGCAGGAGAAAGCAGGUUUUAUCUCCCAUACUUCAUCUACUGCUGCAUCCUGGGCCUGGUGUCGUGCUCCGUCUUCCUGAGGAUCAACUACGAGCUCAAGAUGGUGGUGAUGCUGGUUGCCGUGGUGAUCUACAACGUCAUCAUCCUCCAGACGCACGCCCCCCUGCUGGACGGCUUCAGCAAGGCUCUGUACGCCACGGAAACACUGGAAAGGCCAGGAGUCCUGAAGGACCUAAAGACCAUGGGCUCGGUGUCUCUCUUCAUCUUCUUCAUCACACUCCUGGUGUUAGCCAGACAGAAUGAAUAUUACUGUAGGUUGGACUUCCUGUGGAGGGACAAGUUCAAGCGGGAGUGUGAGGAGAUCGAGACCAUGGAGAACCUCAACAGGGUCCUGCUGGAGAACGUCCUUCCCGCCCACGUGGCCGAACACUUCCUGGGGCGCAACUGGAAGAACGAGGAUCUUUACCACCAGUCGUACGAGUCGGUGUGCGUGAUGUUCGCCUCCAUCCCGGACUUCAAGGAGUUCUACACCGAGUCAGACGUCAACAAGGAAGGGCUGGAAUGUCUGCGCCUUCUCAAUGAAAUCAUAGCCGAUUUUGACGAGUUGUUGUCCAAGCCAAAGUUCAGCGGAGUGGAGAAGAUUAAGACCAUUGGAAGUACGUACAUGGCGGCCACUGGACUCAACGUCACGCCAGGGCCGGAGUGCACACAGGAGCAUGACAGACAGUACAUGCACAUCAGCACCAUGGUGGAGUUUGCCUUCGCACUGGUGGGCAAGCUGGACGUCAUCAACAAACAUUCCUUCAACGACUUCCGACUGAGAAUUGGGAUAAACCACGGGCCCGUCAUCGCGGGCGUCAUCGGGGCCCAGAAACCUCAGUACGACAUCUGGGGGAACAGCGUGAACGUGGCCAGCAGGAUGGAGACCACCGGCCUGCUGGGGAAGAUCCAGGUGACGGAGGAGACCAGCGAGAUCCUGUCCACGCUGGGCUACAUCUGCUGGUGUCGGGGCAUCAUCAAGGUGAAGGGCAAAGGUCAGCUGAAGACCUACUUGGUUCACACGGAGAUGACGUCAUCGCUGUCGCAAGGCACCGUCAUGCCUUGAGCGCCGAGCCAACGAGACUUGUCAAGUGCUCUCGGAGGAGUGUUUGCUAAAGAGCAGGCCGGUCGAGAGCUCGAUGAACCAAGUCAGUGGCCAGGAGACUUUUCUUUGUCCCAUUAGGGUCAGCUGGAGCCUAUCCCAGAGGCACAAACAAUUGAGGUUUCGGGGGACGCGGAACAUUGAAAGGCAGACGUCUUACAUUGUGGUGUGGAAGAAGUGUCAGCUCCUCUGGACCACUUUCUGAAGGUCAGUGGAACCUCCAAAGGUGAACACAAUGUGUUCUGUCUCGCGGUGUCCCAAUCCGAUAUCGCUCCGAUAUCAACAAAAAGAAAACAGGUAUCGGAUUACAAAGCCCAAAAGCGGUGAAGUUGUCACCUUGUGUAAAUUCUCAAUAGAAACAAAACCUUUUCAACUUAUAUUCAAUUAAAAAGACUGCAAAGACAAGAUAUUUCAUGUUCACACUGAGAAACUUUAUUAUUUGUUGUAAAUAUUAGCUCAUUUGGAAUUUGAUGGCUGCAACAUGUUCCAAAAAAGCUGGCACAAGUGGCAAAAAAGAGUGAGAAAGUGGAGGAAUGCUCAUCAAAGACUUAUUUGGAACAUCCCACAGGUGAACAGGCUAAUUGGGAACAGGUGGGUGCCAUGAUUGGCUAUAAAAGUAGAUUCCAUGAAAUGCUCAGUCAUUCACAAACAAGGACGGGGCGAGGGUCACCACUUUGUCAACAAAUGCCUGAGCAAAUUGUUGAAGAACAACAUUUCUCAACAAGGAAUUUAGGGAUCUCACCAUCUACGCUCCGUAAUAUCAUCAAAAGGCUCAGAGAAUGUGGAGAAAUCACUGCAGGUAAGCCAUGAUAUUACACACCUUGGAUCCCUCAGGCGCUACUGCAUCAAAAAGCCACAUCGGUGUGUAAAGGAUAUCACCACAUGGGCUCAGGAACACUUCAGAAACCCACUGUCAGUAACUACAGUUGGUCGCUACAUCUGUAAGUGCAAGUUAAAACUCUCCUAUGCAAGGCGAAAACCGUUUAUCAACAACACCCAGAAACGCCGUCGGCUUGGCUGGGCCUGAGCUCAUCUAAGAUGGACUGAUACAAAGUGGAAAAGUGUUCUGUGGUCUGACGAGUCCACAUUUCAAAUUGUUUUUGGAAACUGUGGACGUCGUGUCCUCCGGACCAAAGAGGAAAAGAACCAUCCGGAUUGUUCUAGGGUGAAAGUGUAAAAGUCAGCAUGUGUGAUGGUAUGGGGGUGUAUUAGUGGUCAAGACAUGGGUAACUUACACAUUUGUGAAGGCACCAUUAAUGCUGAAAGGUACAUACAGCUUUUGGAGCAACAUAUGUUGCCAUCCAAGCAACGUUAUCAUGGACGCCCCUGCUUAUUUCAGCAAGACAAUGCCAAACCAUGUGUUACAUCAACGUGGCUUAAUAGUAAAAGAGUGCGGGUACUAGACUGGCCUGCCUGUAGUCCAGACAUAGAAAAUGUGUGAAGGCUAAAAUAUGAGAAGGGAGACUGUUGAACAACUUAAGCUGUACAUCAAGCAAGAAUGGGAAAGAAUUCCACUUCCAAAAUGUGUCUCCUCACUUCCCAAACCAAAACUGAGUGUUGUUAAAAGGAAAGGCCAUGUAACACAGUGGUGAACAUGCCUUUUUUGACAUGUGUUGCUCCCAUUACAUUCUAAGUUCAUGAUUAUUUGCAAAAAUAAGAAAGUUUGUCAGUGUGAACAUGAAAUAUCUUGUCUUUGCAGUCUAUUCUAUUAAAUAUAAGUUGAAAAGGAUUUGUUGUAUUCUCUUUUUAUUUAGCAUUUACACAACUUCACUGCUUUUGUACAACAACCUGCAUCUAAAGACUCUCUUCUUCCUAGCUUAGCAGACAGAUAACAUGUAACUGUACCGCACCAGUUGCUAGCGAGCGAUUAGAGCUCUAGUUGCCAGCUAGCAAUUAGCACUGUGGUUUCAGCUCGCGAUUAACGCCGCAGUCGUCAGCUAGUGAUUAGCGCGCCAGUUGUGUGCCAGCAAUUACUGCAGAAGUUGCCAGCUUGCGAUUAGCGCUCUAGUUUUCAGCUCACGAUUAGCACUCUCACUUUCAGCUCGCGAAUAGCGUGCACAUUAUCAGUUAGCGAUCAUUGCGCCAUUUGCCAGCUAGCGGUUAGCGGUGUAAGCUGCUAGCUUGCAAUCAGCACACAAGUUGUCAGCCAGCGAUUACAGCACAAGUUUCCAGCUCGCAAUUGGUCACUCUCGUUGUCAGCUAGCGAUCAGUGCUCUAGUUUUCAGCUAGUGAUUAGCAUCGAUUGUAAGCUAGCAAUUAGCUUGCCAGUUGUCAGUUAGCUAUCAUUGCGCCAUUUGCCAGCUAGCGAUCUGCGGUGUAAGCUGCUAGCUUCCAAUUAGCACGCUAGUUGUAAGCUCGCGCUACAGUCCAAGUUUCCAGCUAGCCAUUGGUCGCCCUCAUUGUCAGCUAGCGAUUAGCUCUCUAGUUUUAAGCUAGUGAUUAGCACCGCUUGUAAGUGUACCAGUUGACAGCUAGUGAUUAGCGGUGCAAGCUGCUAACUUGCAAUUAGCAGGCGAGUUGUCAGCCAGCGAUUACAGCACAAGUUUCCAGCUAGCAAUUGGUCGCUCUCGUUGUCAGCUAGCGAUUAACGCAACAGCCGUCAGCUAGCGAUUAUCCCUUUUGUAGUCAGUAGAAAUUCCAACAGAUCUUUACGGAUUGUCAAUGAAACCUCCAAAGUUGAACACAAUGUGUUUUGUCUAGCGGUAUCAGCACAAAAGAGAAACAGUAUCGGCCUGCAUUGGGAGCAGAAGUGAUGAGAUCCAAACAGGAUUUAUUGUAUUGUUAUUGUAUUGUCUGCUGGGUGGCAAGAAUACAAUCUUGGGACUAAAUGCAAAUGUACACAACUAUAUGGAAAUCAUUGCCUCACUACAGUAGUUAGAAAUAAGUACACAACAAUAUGGAAAUCAUUGCCUCACUACAGUAGUUAGAAAUAAGUACAUAAAUGUCAAGAAUGAAUAAUAAUUCAGAUGAUGAUGAUGAUGAUGAUGAUGAUGUCUUCUACAACUUCACUACACUCUAUGUUCUGCUUCUAUGGUUAUCAUCACAAAAAGAGUUGUCUGACCUUCAACAAACGUUGACAUAAAAAGUGGGCGUAACUCGCCAAGUUGACCCGUGUUUGACCUUGGAGGUUUCACUUCCUGUUUCACUUCCUGUCCAUAUUUGCUGCUUACUUCCAACUGGAUGUUCAAAUAUUGCUUGAUGAGUCGUUUGGAAUGUAAAUGUUCUUUCUGGCACUUCAACACUUUUAUGACUUUUAGUUCUCCA